GCAUCACCUCGCACAAGACGCCUUGAUCGUACCGAGCAACACAACAAGCAGCUUUGGAUGCUCCUUGGCUCAGCAUUCAAAAGAUCCACACGUAGCAUACUACCUUCCGUACAGGCUUCGCGAUACGUCACACCCAUUCGCCGCAUAGCAACCCCUCUCACGACCCCUAGCCCCCGCACCAUGUCUUCGUCGAGCCCGGCAGCCGGCAAGGACGGCAAGGCUGCUCCUGCUGCCGACCCAGACAUGGCCAUCGCCACCAGCCAGCCAUCAGCCAACGGUGAAGCCGGCGGUGACUUGGUCCCUGGACCAGAUGGAACCCUCAUGACCAAGACGGCAGCCAAGAAGGCCACCAAGCUGGCAGAGGCAGCUGCCAGGAAAGCUGGAAAGGCCGCCAUUGCAAAGGAGAAGACUCCUGCGGCCGCCGCUGCUGGCGGAGAGAGCAAAAAGAAGGAAAAGGCAAAGAAAGAGAAGGAAGCAGAGCCGGAAUGGAUCAACAAUACCGUACCUGGACAGAAGAAGGACCUUUCGCAACCCAUGGAGGCGGGCUACAACCCAGACCAUGUAGAGGCAUCUUGGUAUGCUUGGUGGGAGAAGGCAGGCUUCUUCACCCCAAAGGAGCCGUCGGAGAACGACCCAUAUGACCCAGACAAGACGUUCGUCGUCCCAGCUCCACCUCCCAAUGUCACUGGAUCGCUGCAUAUCGGACAUGCUCUGACCAUCUCAAUUCAAGAUACGCUCAUUCGCUACUACAGGAUGAAGGGAUACAGAACCCUCUUCGUUCCCGGCUACGACCACGCCGGUAUCGCCACCCAGGCUGUCGUAGAGAAGCGUAUUGCCAAGCUCGAAGGCAAGUCGCGAUACGACUAUGGCCGUGAGAAGUUCAUCGAGAAGGUCUUUGAGUGGAAAGAGGACUACCAAGCUAGGAUCUCGAACCAGAUGAGGCGGUUAGGAGCAAGUUACGAUUUCACCAGGGAAGCUUUCACGAUGGAUGAGACACGAUCAGCUGCCGUCAUCGAGACAUUCUGCAAGCUGCACGAAGAUGGAAUCAUCUACCGAGCAAACCGUCUGGUCAACUGGUGCUGCAAGCUCAACACCACAUUGUCCAACCUGGAGGUCGACCAGAAGGAGCUCAAGGGACGGACAUUGCUGAACGUCCCAGGCUACGAUGCAAAUGAGCGGGUAGAGUUCGGUGUCAUCGUCAGCUUCGCAUACAGGAUCAAGGAUUCGGCUGAGGGCGAGAAGAUCAUCAUCGCAACCACUCGUCCGGAGACGAUGCUGGGAGAUACUGCCAUUGCCGUCCACCCCAAGGACCCUCGUUACACACAUCUGCACGGCAAAUUCGCCGAACACCCCUUCUUGCCCGACCGAAAGAUCCCCAUCAUCACCGAUGACCAAGCUGUUGAUAUGGAGUUCGGAACAGGAGCAGUGAAGAUUACCCCUGCCCACGAUCCCAACGAUUACGAGGUUGGUGUACGACACAAGCUAGAGUUCAUCAACAUCCUCAAUGAAGAUGGAACGCUCAAUGAUGAAGCUGGAGAGUUCAAGGGUCAGAAGCGCUUCCACGCACGUAGGACCGUUGUUGAGGCUCUGAAGAAGGAGGGCCUCUACGUCGAGACGAAGGACAACCCUAUGAUGAUCCCUGUCUGCUCAAGGUCAGGAGAUGUCGUCGAGCCUUUCAUCAAGCCGCAGUGGUGGGUCUCCUCGCGCCCUCUGGCCGACAAGGCCGUCGCUAAGGUCAGGGAACAGAACAUGGUCAUUGUGCCAAAAACUACCGAGAACGAAUUCUUCAGGUGGAUGGAGGUGAUCACCGACUGGUGCAUCUCUCGUCAGCUCUGGUGGGGUCAUCGAGUGCCAGCUUACUUUGUCAAUGUUGAAGGCAGAGCACAGGACAAGGAUGACCCGGCAGCCAGUGGCAAUUGGGUUGUUGGCAGGAACGAGGCCGAGGCUCACGAGAGGGCGAAGGUCAUUGCGGCUGGCCAACCUUACACCUUGGAGCAGGACGAAGACGUCCUUGACACAUGGUUCUCGUCCGGUUUGUGGCCAUUCAGUAUCAUGGGCUGGCCGGGCAAGACGGACGAUAUGAAGCACUUCUACCCCAAUGCCCUCCUCGAGACGGGAUGGGACAUUCUGUUCUUCUGGGUCGCUCGAAUGGUCAUGCUGGGUGUAUACCUGACGGAUUCGAUUCCUUUCAAGGAGGUCUUCUGCCACGCAAUGGUGCGAGACGCUCAUGGUCGCAAGAUGUCAAAGUCGCUCGGUAACGUCGUCGACCCUCUGGAUGUCAUCGCAGGUAUCGAGCUCGAGGGUCUCCAUGCCAAGCUUCUAGAGGGCAAUCUGGGCGACGAGGAGGUCAAGAAGGCUGCUGCUGGUCAGAAGAAGGACUAUCCCAAGGGUGUCCCUCAGUGCGGUACCGACGCCCUGCGUUUCGCUCUGUGCGCCUACACUUCUGCCGGACGUGACAUCAACCUGGACAUCAUGCGAGUGGAAGGCUACCGCAAGUUCUGCAACAAGCUCUGGAACGCUACCAAGUUCGCCCUUGCCAAGCUGGAAGGAGGUUUCCAGCCACCUUCGGAGAACAAGCCUACGGGCUCCGAAUCUCUCGUAGAGAAGUGGAUUCUGCACAGAUUGGACGUGGCUGCUGCCGAGGUGAACGCAGGUCUGAUGUCACGCAACUUUAUGAAUGCCACUUCGGCCGCGUACAACUUCUGGCUGUACGAGCUCUGCGACGUCUACAUUGAGGCGAUCAAGCCCAUUACGGAUGCCGGUAGCGAAGAGCGCGCCAGGGCCUCUGCACAGGCUACCCUUUACACAUGUCUGGACGAAGGAUUGAAGUUGCUUCACCCCUUUAUGCCCUAUGUGACUGAAGAGCUAUGGCAACGACUCCCUCGUCGUCCAUCGGAGAAGCACGAGUCCAUCUGUCUCACCUCCUUCCCCGAAGCUAUGCCAGAGCGCAACGACGCCAAGUCCGAUGGUCAAUUCGACCAAGUCUUUGCAGCCGUGAAAGCCAUCCGUUCCCUUGCUGCCGACUAUGCAAUCCAGUCGAACAUUCAAGCAUUCCUAGAGACGAGCGAUAGCGCUACCUCGCAACUUCUCUCUUCGCAAAAGGAGGUAGUACACACCCUCGUCAAGGGUUGCACAUCCGUCGAAGUCACCUCCUCUUCCUCCAUCCCAGACGGAUGCGUCUUUCAAACCCUCUCUGCCACUACCAAUGUUCACAUCCUCGCAAGAGGAGUCAUUGAUGUGGCAAAGGAACUUUCCAAGUUGGAUAAGAAGCUACAACUGAAUGAAGUGGCCAUUAAAAAGGAGGAGACGAUGCAGAGUAAACCAGAGUUUGGAAAGAUGCCGGAGAAGGUUAGGGAGCAGAGCGAGAUCAAGGUCAAGGACCUCAAGGCUGAGAGGCAGGCAUUGGAAGUUGCGAAGCAGAACUUUGCUAGGAUUGGAGGGGAUGCUUAGAGUCAGGAGGAAGAAUUUCGAGGACCUGAUUCACUAUGCUAUGCUACGCUGAGAAUGCAAUGGUAUGAACUUUCUAGAUAUGAAGUAUGCUGCGAUG